AUGGGCUGUCUGGGGGGGCAGACGGAGGAAGAACGACUGGAUGAAAAAGCAAAGAGAGAAGCAAACAAGAAGAUUGAGAGACAACUUCAGAAAGAGAGACAGGCUUACAAAGCUACACAUAGACUGUUACUGCUGGGUGCAGGAGAAUCAGGUAAAAGCACGAUUGUGAAGCAGAUGAGGAUUCUUCACGUCGACGGCUUCAACGCUGAAGAAAAGCAGGAGAAGGCUCAGGACAUCAGGAAAAACGUGAAGGACGCCGUCGUGGCCAUCGUGUCAGCCAUGAGCUCGUUGACUCCACCCAUACCUGUUGGUAACCCUGGCAACCAGUUCAGAGUUGAUUACAUCAACAGCAUCGCACCGCUGUCUGACUUUGAAUACACCGAGGAGUUCUAUGAGCAUGCUCAGCAGCUGUGGGAGGACGACGGCAUCAGAGCAUGUUUUGAACGCUCCAACGAAUAUCAGCUGAUCGAUUGCGCUCAGUAUUUCCUGGACAAGUUGGACUUAGUCAGGAGGUCGGACUAUUCGCCCACUGACCAGGAUUUGUUGCGCUGCAGAGUUUUGACCUCAGGGAUAAUUGAAACCAGGUUCCAGGUCGACAAGGUCAACUUCCAUAUGUUCGAUGUCGGCGGACAGAGGGACGAACGCAGGAAGUGGAUUCAGUGCUUCAACGAUGUGACGGCCAUCAUCUUCGUCGCCGCCAGCAGCAGCUACAACAUGGUCAUCAGAGAGGACAACUCCACCAACCGCCUGCGAGAGUCUCUGGACCUCUUCAGGUCCAUCUGGACCAACAGGUUUCUGAAGACCAUAUCCGUGAUCUUGUUCCUGAACAAACAGGACGUCCUUGCUGACAAAAUUCUGGCGGGAAAAUCUAAACUGGAGGAUUAUUUCCCUGAAUACAACAACUACACAGUUCCUGUUGACGCUGUUCCAGAUGCUGAUGAAGACGAAAGAGUGGCCCGAGCAAAGUUCUUCAUCAGGGAUGAGUUUUUGCGGAUCAGCUUGGCGAGCGGCGAUGGGAAACAUCACUGUUAUCCUCACUUCACCUGUGCAGUCGACACGGAGAACAUCCGCCGCGUCUUCAACGACUGUCGUGACAUCAUUCAGCGCAUGCACCUGAGGCAGUACGAGCUGCUCUGA